UUCGGCGGGUUGAACCGGCACGAGGAGGCCACGGUGGACUUUCUGAAAUGGGACACGGCGCAGCCUGGAGCUAAAUUAGCCGCGAUGUCCAAUAAGAGUAAGUCCCAGCCGCCGCAGCCGCAGCAGCCGCAGCAUCAACAGCCGCAGCAGCAUCAUCCUUCGCACGUGAUCAAGCCAGUGGACCAGUUGCCGCCGUGCUACCAGCCGCCACCGCCGCCCACCAGUGGAAUUUUGAAGAAUCAUCUUCACUUUGCCAGCGGAACCACGUCGGCGCCGAGCGCGGCCCAAGUGGGUAACAGUCAAGGUCCGGGUGCGACCUUGAAUCAUCAUCAGGGCGCUCAGCCGCGUACGUUGCCGCCGCCACCGCCGUCUUUGGCGUCGCAGCAUCACACGCAGCAGCAUCAGGCGCAGCAGCAAGCGCAGCAGCAGCAACCGCCGAAGGAUGCGCAGCAGGGCAAGUACUCGCCGAGGAUAGAGCACCAUCUUCAUCAUUCGCAGCCGGGUAACGCGCUGAUCGUUGCCGCGUCCGCGGCGGCAAAGAAUCAGCAGCAGCAACAACAACUACCAAACUACCUCCAACAACCUAAGCUCGGUCAGGGCCCGUACUUGCCGCCCAGCAGUCAGUAUCCGGCGGUAAGCAGCAGCCAGAACGCACCGGUCAGACAGAGGAUCAGCGACGACGAAUUUCUGCGACUGGGUCCAGUGGAGAUGCUCAAGUUCGUGCGAAAGACCGAGAGUGACAUCGCCAGGCUCGCCGCCGAGCAGCAUCGUCAGAUACAAACCUUGCUGAAUGAGCUGCGAGCGUUGAAGGAGGCCAACCAAAGAUUGAACGACGAUAACCAGGAACUGCGCGAUCUCUGCUGUUUCUUGGACGACGACCGACAAAAGGGUCGCAAGCUGGCGCGCGAGUGGCAACGAUUCGGUCGUUACACGGUGAGCGUUAUGCGACAAGAGGUCUCGGCUUAUCAGAACAAGUUGCGCCAGCUGGACAACAAGCAGCAGGAGUUGAUCAAGGACAAUCUGGAGCUCAAGGAACUGUGUCUGUAUCUCGACGAGGAGCGCGGCGGUGGUCAAAGGGACGACGGCGACGGAUCGAGCUCGAGCACAAACGCCGAAGAGACCGCGCUGCCGAGACCGAGGCACACUUCGACAUUUAACGAUCAAACGAUGCAGUACGUGAGGAGUUUGGAGCAACGGGUGAAGCAGUUGGAGGAAGACAAGAGCGUUCUCCAGGCUCGUGCGCAAGGUUGGGAAGUAACUCCGGGUGAGGUGUGGGACAGUCCCGCGAGUCCGAACGACAACGCGCAUCUGGGAAGUCGACCGGAGGCGGUGGUGCGCGCUCUUCAGGUUCUCGAAGUCAGAGAACAGCUGGAAAGAGAGGAAGGUCACGACGGGGAGAAGGCGCUGGUCAGAGAAAUGUGCAAUGUCGUUUGGCGGAAACUGGAAGAGGAUCCACAAACAAGGCAUUAAAACGACGCAGCGUGAAGGACAGUUCGUCGGUUCUCAAUUAAUUGCUACUAUACAAAGAAACUUUAACACACGUCCAAGACGUAACGAUAGUAUUAUAGCGGGUAAUGUAAACAUAUAUAUUUUUUACUGCGUAGAUGUAUGCAAUGCGAAUGUGUGUGCGUAAAAAUGUGCAACUAUCUCGAGAGAUUAUAAGAAUAUCGACAGUACCUAUUUAUGCGAAUGUAAGUAAUUAGCUUG